GCACGCCAGGGCCUGAGCGUAGUCCGCGAAGCACAGGCCCAAGGGGUCUGCGCUUCCGAGUUAGUUCCGGGCCACCUUCCUAAUGAAGAGGUGGAAGCCCGCCACGGCAGACUCUAUGGGCAGGCCAAGAAGGUCGUGCACAGGGCCAGGACUGCGAGGCGUCGAGCAGGGGGCAAAGAUGUUGUCCCUGACGAUGCUUUGCACCCCUUGGCCCGCCCGCAGCAGGCGCCGCCAGCUGCAAAAUGGGAUUGGGUGGGCACGAAAGGACGCGUGCGGGCCCAAGGCCCCUGCUGGCGUCCGUCGUGUCCAAAUUCAAAUCCCGACAGCUGCAAUGCAGGCGCGGGAUGCCCAGUGCAGGCGCGGCUGGAGGAGCAGCACGGAAAGGACACGGAACGGUUCCUGAGAGCCAUGCUCGCAGAGGGGCCGUUCCAUCCGUUCAGCAAGCACGCAAGCCUGAACGAGGUGUCCGCCCGCUUCGGGAGAGAGGUUCCGGCGGAUUUCCCCCUGCCGGUAGCCCCGGCUCAUGUGCGGAAAGCGAAGCACACCUGCCGCCGGCCCGACUGUCCCUUCAAGGGCACGGACCGAGCGUGCAGGGGCGGCCGCGAGUGCGAGCGCCGAGUGCAAGUGCUGAGGGGGGCCGAAAUCCCUGAACUCCAAGAGGAGUAUCAGGGUGAGGUCCCCCCGCACAUUUUAUGGGGCGAAGACUUUGCGCCGGAGUCAGCGGUCCGCCCCCCACUGGAGGAGCGGAUCGCACAGGCUUUCGACAGCCUGGACAUGGAUCAAGAUGUUUGA